AUGGAACACUACGCACCCCAUCCUUCCUCCCAGUUCGAGGGCUGGUACUCGAAAUUCGACCUCGCAUCUGGGGCCCAUAUCGCUCUCAUCAUCUGCUCCGUCCCAAAAGCAACCUCACGUCCGCACAUGGUCUCUUUUACCUACUACCCUGCUUCUGGCGACUCAAUAUUCCAACGCGAGCACUUUGUCGAUACAUCGAGCACACACACGACAUGGCGACAAGACAAGAGCACACCGGAGGGCUGGUUCAUCAACCUUCCAUUACCGCUACACUGGCACGUACACUCGCUGUGUUCACCCGCCACUUUCACCCUCAAUAUACCCGCUCUCGGCGACGCCUUUCCUGCAGUAGAUAGACAGAAUCGCGCGACCAUCCACCAAGAAAAGAACUGGGCAAAUAGCUUCCCCGAUGCACAUAUGUGGGUGCAAGCCUGGGACAACAAAGAGAAGCGUGGUAUAAGUCUCGCAGGCGGCAAAAUAAUGUACAACACCGCAUACUUAGUCGGCUACCGCUCCCCAGCUCUAGACCUCGACUUCAUUCCCCCUUUCUCCAUAUCAUAUCUCAACCUCGCCAGCCCUUUCAUGAACGUUGCAAACGACUGGGAGUCUCGCAGCUUUUCUAUCUCCGUAUCGAAUUACAGCUACAAGUUGGAGCUCAAGGCGCAUGCGCCAAAGGAACAUGGGUGGUUCGGUCUCGCGGCUCCGUUCCCUAAUGGACAUCGGGCAAACUUUGCGAUUGAGAGUUUCAUUGCUAUGAUUGAAGUGAGGAUAUCCGAGAGAGAUGGGUGGUGGCCUUGGAGUGCGUGGAAGGAGGUUAAGACGGAACGGUGGGAGGGCGCGAGCUUAGAGUUUGCAGGUGGGUACUAUCCGGAGAGGGGGGAAAAUAAGGAUGAAUAGAUGUAGUUUGAGUAGUGUAAUAUUUUAUAAUGGGGAUAACUCGAUAAUUAUAACAGGCCAGCAC